AUACGACAGCCGACACACCAAUACUGACCCUUAAACAUAUGUCAUGUUACAUUGAUGUUGUUGACCAAGAUGAAAUGGCUUUAAAAGUUGUCACAGAGACAUGCAACGUGGAAGGUUGUAAUAAUAUAAUAAAGACCUUUUUUAAAUCAUACCAUGAAAGGGUGGAGGGGAGAGAUAUAUAUAAAGAAGAAAACUCUGAUUUAUAUUACUUAUUGCAUGCAAAGUGCGAUGAAUGGUUUCUAACUCCAUUCUUUCACUUCACUCAUUCUUUCAAUUAUAAAGACCGACCAGCAAUACUAUUAUUAUGUAAAGGUACUGACGAGAGAGACCCCUUAAGGAAGUUACACCUGCAUAGUAUUCCUAUUCAAGAACCAAGAAAGUUCCGUUCCUUGUUACUUACCAAGAAGAACUUAGCUAAAAAACUUUUUAAUAUACAUCAUCCAGCUUACUUGCACACAACAAACUUGGAUCAUAUUUGAUUUAUGUGAUUAAGUAUUUAAAAAAUUAAUAAACGGCGAAUGAGAGAGAGUCAGGCGCGAUAU